AUGGAACUCCGCACGAGGACUUUGUCUGGGACGCUCGGACUACUCGCACACAGCGAACCGGGAGUCCUCGACGCCUUUGCCAAACUCUGGGGUACGGACGAAUUGCUCGUCUCCUUUGACGGGAUGAACUUCACACUGCCACAACCAGAGCGUGCCGACGUGAAGCCGUGGCCUCAUAUCGACCAGUCGCCGAAACGCAAGGGUCUAGUCUGUGCGCAGGGGAUCAUAAACUUCGCUCCCAAUGGACCACAGGACGGGGGCCUGGUCGUGGUCCGAGGCUCCCAUAACCUCAUAGCAGAGUACUUCAAGAAACACGGCAUGCCACCAGAGCCGAGGACGUGGGGUCCAGAGGACUAUUUCUCCUUUAUCGCCGAGGAAGUGGACUGGUUCAAGGAGGCCGGUUGCGAGGUCGUCAAAGUCUGCGCUGAUCCAGGGGACUUGAUCAUCUGGGAUUCCCGGACGAUUCACUACAACAGGCUGCCGGAAAGUCAGCAGGUCAGAUCAAUCGUUUGUAAGAUUGGCCCCCCACCUCCCCCAACAAGACACAUCCUCAGUCGACGUUUGCUAACUGGCUGGCACACAAAAGACGCUUGUUACGCACCUGCCCGGUUCGCCAGUGAAAAAGAUCUCAAGUUGAAGGCACAGCUCUUUCAUGAGCGCAAGCCAACGACGCACUGGCCAAACAUGAACAUCUUUGACGGCACGAGUGUGGACGAAUUGCGCUUCGGCAAACCGGAUGCUUGUAAGAGAGUCAGGCCGGUGAACGAUGUCGUCGAGACAGACACCGUGCUCCGGCUUGCAGGUGUGAAGAGUUACUGA